AUGAACCAUGUUUUAGCUAAAGUAGCACUUGGAGAGUCCGUGACAAGCCCACCACCAUUUCAAUCACUUUAUGACACGGGAAAUACCUUCAGCGCGAAUCUUGUGAAAGCGAUAGACUUUGAUCCUAUGAGACCUUGGGAGACUCCAACCAAAGACUUCAACUUCGCUUCAAUGGAAGCGGAUAAGGAAAACCCUGCAAGAGGAAUAAACUUCGCUUCAUCAGGCUCAGGGAUUAUCGACAAAACCUCUGCAAUCGAUCAAUCUGUGUCAAUAACCCAACAGCUAAUGGAGUUGAUGUUCGUAUAUGGGAACCUUACUGCGACAAUUGGUGCUUGGAAGACACAACUGUUGUUUGAAAAAUCAACAUUCUUUUUAUGUUUGGGUAACAACGACAUAAACUUUUUUGUCAUGACUGGACAAAAAAUGGAAGUAAAUGCAUACAUUGACGAACUCAUCGACAGUUACAAUAGCACCCUAAGGGUUUUGUAUAAUCUUGGAGUAAGGAAAUUCGGGAUCUUCGGCAUACCGUAUGUCGGAUGCGUUCCACUCGUGAGAGUAACCGUACUGACCGGGGAGUGUUCAAAAAAAGCAAACGAUAUGGCAAUACAAUUCAAUGAUAAACUCGAAAAGCUUUUGUGUGAUAUGAUGAUCAAUUUCAAGGGAAUGGUAUAUUCGUUCGCAAAUUCAUACGACGUACUUAAGGAAUUAAUGGAGCACCCAAAGAAUUAUAAUCUUACAAACACGAUAGAUGCCUGUUGCGGAUUGGGGAGGUUUAAUGCAAUGAGCAAUUGUAAUCCACUGGCUAAAUUGUGUAAGAACCGAAAGGAGUAUCUUUUCUGGGAUAUCGCUCACCCAACACAAUACGCUGCCUCGAUUAUAAUCAACAAGUUUCAGUUUGGUGGGCCAAAUUACGCAAGACCAAUUAACUGGUCUAAGUUGGCAAGCUUGUAA